AUGCCACUGUGGCAAAGGCCAUCGAAAUUUUCAGCCAAAGCACCGACACGUCAACUUGAAGCCAUUUGUGGUAUGAUCAGCCAACUAUUCACAGAACAGCCUCAGUACACGUCGGUAGAGUACUGGUCGAGGAAUACAUUCAAUACAUAUUUACAGUUACCCAAAAUGCGGAUGACUUGUUUAUGGAACAACAUCAGAGAAGAAGAAGCACAAACGAAAUGUUUGAAAAACUGUUUCGUGGUCAUCGAUGGGCAAAAUUUUUUCUUUAAUACUUAUAGACAAAGCAAGCUGCCUUUUGUGUUUGGUGCGGAAGCUGACGAAUAUGCAAAGUAUCUAAAAGAAAAACUAGCAAUAUUUAAAAAGGCAAACAUAGAAUGUUACAUCGUCUUUAAAGGUAGCGACACUGACAUAGAUGAUAAAAUACGAAAACUUUGGUUAACAACUUUCGAUUUUGGAAAAAAUUAUCAUUUUUCAUCUCCUGUUUUAAUGAAAGAAAUAUACAAACAAGUACUUGAAGAACUAGGCAUUAAGUACGCUACAAGCGUAAUGGAGUCUAAGGACGACUGUGUUGCGCUUGCGCAAGUAUUGCAAUGUCCCGUGCUAAGUGAGGAUAAAGAAUUCUAUUUUAAAGCUGCCCCUUAUAUACCGUAUCGAACACUGGAGUAUAUACCCUCAGACAGCUAUAUAGCAUGUAAGCAAUACCAUAUAAAUGAAUUAUUCCAAAAAUAUUUAUUAACAGUAAAAAAAAUUGCAAUAGUCUUAGCUUUGUCAGACGUAACUAUCUUUCCCAAUAAUUAUUUUAAUAGUCUUAUGAAAAAAUGGCACUUUACUGGACAUAACCUACCCAAUCAGUUACUACAAAUGCUAAAAUAUAUUUCAGAACACGGUGAACUAGAAGUUUUGAAUAGUAUUUUAAAUGUUUUUAUAAGUAAAUCAGAAAAAGAAAAAUUCAUGUCUCAGAUAGAGGUUUUGGAAAAAGCAAACAAGAGUGACAAUGUUGUUGUAAAUUAUUUGUUGAAUCUACCAUCGAUUCGUGAUUCACUAUGGUUUGAAACAGGGGUGGCAAACCAGAAAAUUGCCACUGACUACGUCUAUCUGUACAAACACAAAAUGAUCAUGGGCUCCUGGGCCAUAGAGAAAAAUGAUACCGUAGACAGUAUCAUGUUAUCUAUAGAUAUAAUAAAGUAUGGGUACAAUUUGUUGACGAAUUUCGAACCAUCUCAAAUCACCGUAUAUCAAAGUACUAAAAAGUAUGUACAAGUUAACACCGUAUCUGACAUUGCAAAGCCAAUAUACCAUUGCAGCGAAUCGGUGUUUGAAAAUGGCUGGAAAAAGAUAAAAGAUUUAAAAUUAUUCGAGCAUUUCUUGGUUCAAAAUAACAUAAACAUUGUUCUUCUUGACGAGUUGCCCGAAGAUGUUAAAAUGCUUGUUAUUGCUUUGAUAUACUUCGCUCGUAAAAAGAUUUCAGAAAACAUUCAGGUAACGAAGGAGGUUUACUGUUUUAUUAUAUCAUAUGUGAUGUUAAAUGCAGUAUUUGAUGAACCACAAUCAGCUUCAGAGAUACGAAAUAGUAUUACUGAAAAGGAUUUUAACACUGCAAAGAAUAUCACGACAAAGGAAAAAAAAUAUUUUGUUUAUGAUAACGAUGAGGCCAAGAGAAUAUUUAAUGAAAAUACCUUAAAAACUUUGGCUGAAAUUCAAUAUUGUUUAUUGCACAUGAACUAUUUGAAUACAUUAUGUGGGUCACCGUUCAUGAAAACGAGAUUCCACAAAACGUUCAAUGGUACCUUUAUAUACAAACUGUUGAAGGAUAUGAACGGUCGCGAUGAAAAAGAGUUCAUCGGAGAACUGUUUAAAACAGCGCCAUCUGUUUUAACAUUUGUGAACAAGCUGAUAAGUACAUACGAGAAGCUUCUUUAA